AUGGUAAAAGAAGAUGCUGGAGCAGUUUUGGAAUACUUUCAGAAAAAGAAGGAAGAAAAUUCAUCGUUUUUCUAUUCAAUGCAACUUGAUGUGGACGAUAUGAUCACUAAUAUCUUCUGGGCUGAUGAUCGGUCUAUAAGUGAUUACAAUCUCUUUGGAGAUGUUGUUUGCUUUGACACAACUUAUAAGAACAAUGAUUAUGAUAGACCGUUUGCUCCAUUUGUCGGGGUUAAUCAUCAUAAACAGACUGUUGUGUUCGGAGCUGCUCUCUUAUAUGAUGAAACCACUGAGUCUUUUAAGUGGCUUUUUGAGACUUUUCUUGGAGCAAUGUCUGGGAAACAACCAAGAACAAUUCUCACAGACCAGUCUGCAGCAAUGGUGAAUGCAAUAGUGAAGGUGUUUCCAGAAACAAAACAUAGGUUAUAUGUCUGGCAUAUUUACGUAAAUGCUGCAAAGAAUUUGAGUCGUGUGUUUCACGGACCUGACCAGUUUGCCAAGGAUUUUGGAAAGUGUGUAUAUGACCAUGAGGAAGAAGAAGACUGGUUAUUGGCGUGGGGUGAUAUGCUCAACAAGCAUAAAUUGGCAGAUAAUAAAUUGCUGAAGAAUUUUUUUGAGGUGAGAGAAAAAUGGGCAAUGGUAUAUGGUCGUCAUACUUUUACAGCUGAUAUGGUGAGCACACAGCAUAGCGAAAGUAUGAAUAGUAUUUUGAAAAGAUACUUGAAGUCCAGUUUUGACUUGUUGACCUUUUUUAAACACUAUGAGAGAGUGUUGGAUGAUAGGCGAUAUAAAGAAUUAGUUGCUGACUUCGGUAUGAUGCAUACUUCGCCAGUAUUAGUUGCCUCUGUAGAGAUGUUGCAGCAUGCAGAAGAAGUGUACACACCAGAAGUGUUUACCUUAUUCCAAAAGGAAUACACGGUCAUCGGGGAUUAUGUUGCAAAAAAGACCAAACUGACAUUGUGUGCUGAUGAAGAUGCGGUUGAGUUGCUUAAAAAACUGGAGGAAAAGAAAAAGGAACUUGUGAGAGCUAAUAAAUGGAUGCCUCAUGGUUCAGAGGAUAAACUUGUGGAGGAAGAAGAAGACGAAGACGUUCAAAAUGAUUUCGACAAGAAUUAUGGCGAUGGUUCAUCGAAGGACUUCGACAAGAAUUAUAACGAUGAUUCAUAG